AUGCUGUGGAGGAGGCGAAGGUUCCCGGUGUUCUUCUGCCUGGGCUUUCUGAGCUACUUCGCGUUCUACAAGUUGUUCCAGCACAGUAACCGUGGAGACACUCAACCUGAGAGCGCCUGGCUAAAAGCACUGAAGGGCGACAAGGAUGCCUUUCGGGUCAAGUUGCCAGGUGGACUCGCUGGCCUAGCUGCUGCUAAGGAGAAGGAGAUCUAUCCUGUACAGCAAUUGACUGAGCUCCCAGAUGCUUCCAAAGGUCAACAGAUACCGCGUAUACAGCAUGACUUCAAGCAAUCUGCGACUGCCGGACCUCAACAUGAGCGGUUGGAUGCCGUCAAGGAGGCCUUCAAGCACUCGUGGACGAAUUAUAAGCAAUUCGCCUGGGCCAAGGACGAGCUCUUGCCAGUGACUGGCGGUCAUCGAGCAUCGUUUGGCAAUUGGUCCGCCACGCUCAUUGACAGCUUAGACACUUUGUGGCUCAUGGGGAUGAAAAGCGAAUUUGCAGAAGCUCUCGAGGUCGUCAAAAUCACAAAUUUCGACACCCCUGAUGCACUGCCUAUCGAUGUCUUCGAGGUAACAAUUCGGUAUCUAGGCGGCCUUCUGGCGGCCUUUGAUGUAUCAGAUCAGCGGUAUCCUGUAUUACUCGAGAAGGCUGUCGAACUUGGCAAUAUGCUCAUUGGGGCAUUCGAUACCCACAACCGCAUGCCUGUGACUUCCUGGCACAAAAAAUGGGGAGAGAGGGCAUCGGCCUCAGCAAGCAUAGCGGCACUUGGAUCACUGUCACUCGAAUUCACACGUCUCUCGCAGCUGACAGCAGACAUGAGAUUCUACGAUGCUGUUCAUCGUAUUGCGGAAUGUAUGACAACACAGCAACAGCAUACUCGUGCUCCUGGCCUGUUUCCCAACAUAGUCAACAUCGAAGAGUGCAACUUCAAGUCCGAGACCACCUUCUCACUGGGGGCCUUCGCAGAUUCUGCAUACGAGUACUUGCCCAAGAUGCAUCUGUUACUGAAUGGCUCCGAGCCUGUGUACCAAGACAUGUAUCUAGCCACGCUCGGUCCUAUCACGACCCACCUUCUCCAGCGACCUAUGACAGCCCAGAAGCUCGACAUACUCCUUCCCAUCACAUACAAAGCGACACUACCGAACCCAGUGAAGGACUCCCAAAUGCAACACCUCUCCUGUUUCGCAGGCGGAAUGCUUGCUCUGGGAUCUCGCCUCUUCUCCCGCGAGCUUGACCUUUCCACAGCUAGCCGCCUCACGGAUGGUUGCGUCUGGGCAUAUAACGUCAUGCCCAGUGGCAUCAUGGCCGAGUCUUUCUAUUUCGUACCUUGCCCUGACGCAGGAUCGACCUCCGCAUCAAAAGUCGAGCAACAGCAACAGGAACGGCCCGGCACGCCACCUCCCUGCGAAUGGAAUCAGACGCUGUACAAUCAGACGCUAUGGGCUGAUCAUCACCAUCACUAUCAGCCCUUCACUUCUGACUUCUUCAUGCCCCUCGGACACCAGAUGGCUGCAUUCCUCAAUGCCUCAAUUACACUACCGCAGGGCAUGACAGCGAUCUCAAAGCCAGAGUAUCGCCUCCGGCCUGAAGCAAUUGAGUCCGUUUUCAUACUUUAUCGAAUUACUGGUGAAGCAUACCUACGUGAGGCAGCGUGGGAUAUGUUCCAAGCGAUCGUCAAAUCCACGAUUACUACUUAUGGAUUCAGUAGCAUUGCGAACACUAUGCUCUCACCCGAUGAGGCGAAUGAGGAAGUCGAAUUGGGAAAAGGCGGCCGAAAGCUGCCUCAUACUGAACAGCAUACGGACAGGCAAGAGACCUUUUGGACCGCUGAGACGCUGAAGUACUUUUUCCUCAUCUUCUCCGAUGAGGAGGUUGGCAGUCUGGACAGGUGGGUAUACAACACAGAAGCACACUUGUUCAGACUUGGAAAGCUCUGA